AAAAAAAAAAAGUGUGGUCGCUCUGUCCAAUCAAUAAAUAACCAAAAGAAAAAAAAAGAACAAAAGACAAGCCGCCAAAAUGAUGGACACAAUAGACUCCAUCUCCUCCCAACCCACCGCCGCCGCCACCUCCACGUCUACCUCCACAUCCUCCAGCUCGGGCGUCAACCCGACCCCCUCACCCCAAUCCCGCAUCAUAGACGACAAAUCCCCGCUCUGCAUCCCCUUCAUCCUCUCCAAGAUCGCCGAGUACAACGCCCUGCACGCAAACGAAGCGAACCCGCGUCCUUUCAUCAUCGGACUGAACGGCGUCCAGGGAGUAGGCAAGACGACGCUGGUCAAAGCCCUGGCCGAGACAUUGCAGGAGAGGGAAGGACUGAAUACGCUGGUUGUGUCGAUUGACGAUUUUUAUCUGACGCAUGAGGAACAACUGAAAUUGGCGGAGGAGAAUAGUGAUAACGCGUUGGUGCAGUAUCGGGGGGAACCUGGAACCCACGACACCCCCCUCCUCCUCUCCUUUCUCUCCUCCAUCAUCUCCUCCCAACCCACGCACCUCCCCCUCUACGACAAAUCCGCCCACCACGGCCUCGGCGACCGCCUCCCCGCUUCCACCUUCCCCGCCAUCAACGACCCGAACCUCUCCGCCCCCCAACACCGCACCAUCCGCGUUUUGCUCUUAGAAGGCUGGCUAACCGGCUUCCGCUCCCUUCCCCCCGGUACCAUCUCCACCAAGUACUUGGACCUCAAAUCCUACAAGACUUUAUCGCACCAUAAAUUGGAACACCUCCUUUUCAUUAACGAGCGACUGAAAGAAUAUGAGCCAGCGUGGGACCAGUUCGAUGCCUUUAUUCAUAUUGACGCGCAAGAUUUGGAGUGGGUGUAUGAGUGGCGGCUGGAGCAGGAGGAGCAGUUGCGCCGCGAAAAGGGGACGGGGAUGAGCGCUGAGAUGGUGCGCAAGUUUGUGGAUGGGUAUUUUCCUGCUUAUGAGCUGUAUGAGGAUGGGGUUAGGCAGGGGGUUUUUAAGGGGGACGAAGAGAAGAGGGGACGGCAGUUGAGGAUGGUGGUGGGGAGGGAUAGAGGGGUGGUGGAGCAUAUGGUUAUUUGAGGGAUGGGAGGGAUCGAUGGAAAACUGGUUGUUGGUGUUACUGGUAUGGUACUAGUUUGAUUGAUACCCGGAUUGGAGGUUCGUGGCUUCCUGGGAGCGGGAGUGGUGGGUGUUUUUAUAGGGUGGCGGGCACAUCAUCGUAUAAGACGGGAUAUCAUUCACCACCACUUCAAGACGAUUCAAAGGUGCCAGCCAUGAUUCUGGUUUUAUAUCAAAACAUUAUGUGACGUCAAUCUCGCAGUGUCUUGAGCAGAG